AGACUUAUGGACAUCACACGUCAUCAGAACAGAGCAAAGGGGCAAACAAGGAAACCACCCCGCACCACGGUGCAGAGGCUCCUGAGUUGGGGGCUGCCUGUCUUCUGUAGCCGAUUCCUGUGGCGCCAGCCAGGCCAGUUUCCAGUCACUGCUUUCCUGCUGGGGGCAGGCACAGGGGGGCUCCUGGCCAUAGGUCUCUUUCAGCUCCUGGUGAACCCUAUGAACAUCUAUGAAGAGCAGAAGAUGAUGACUUUGUACGGCUUGGUGGGCUUGGGGGCCAUUGGCUGGGGGACCUCCCCUCACAUCCGCUGUGCCAGCCUCCUGCUAGUACCCAAGAUGCUGGGCAAAGAGGGCAGGCUCUUUGUGAUGGGAUAUGCCUUGGCUGCUAUCUAUGAGGGACCAGUGGCCAACCUGCGGCACAACAUCAACGAGGUGAUAGCAUCGCUGGGCUGCACUGUGGAGCUGCAGAUCAACAGUACCCGCGCGGCCUGGCGCAUCUCCACAGCCCCACUACGGGCGGUGUUCAAGGACCUGCUGGGCAGCAAAGAUUUACUGAAAGCCGAGACUCAUAACAUCUCCAACUCCUUUGAGGACCUGGAUGCCCAGGUGAAUAGUGAGACUGGCUACACACCAGAGGACGCCAUGGGCUCAGAGGAGACAGCCCAAGAGGCAGAGACCCCCCGAGCCCUAGCUUCCAGACACCACCUCUCAACACAGAAGAUGUAUGAGCUGAAGACCAAGCUGCGUUGCUCCAAUGUGGUGAACCAGGCCAUGCUCAGCUGCCGCCGCUGGUUUGACCAAAAGCAUGAACAGUGCAUGCAGCGCAUCUGGGUCCCGCUCCUCAACCACCUGCUCUGCUUGCCCAUGAAAUUCAAGUUCUUCUGUGGCAUUGCUAAGGCAAUGGAAGUUUGGUGCCGCAGCCGUAUCCCAGUAGAAGGCAACUUUGGGCAGACCUACGACUCUCUCAACCAGUCUGUUCAGAGCCUGGAGGGAGAAUUUUCCGCCACCAUUGAACUCAAGGAAGAGAAGCAGGCUGGGGUGCUGGGCCUCAACACGAGCUGGAAGCACGUGAGCACCGAGGUGCGUGACUACGUGAGCCGCCAGGAGGCGCGUCUGGAGUGGUCCCUGGGGCUCCUGCGGGUGCUCUUCUCCUGCACCUUCUUGCUCGUCCUCCACGGGUCCUUCUCCUACAUGGACAGCUAUAAUGGGGACAUCCGCUUUGACAACAUCUACAUCAGCACCUACUUCUGUCAGAUCGAUGAGCGCAGGAAGAUGCUGGGCAAAAGGACUCUGCUGCCACUCCGCAAAGCUGAGAAAAAAAAGGUCAUCUUCCCCUUUGAGCCCACUCUCCAGGCCUCAGAAAUGAGAAAUGUGAUGGGGGAGCUCGUGGGGACACUGCCUCUCCUGCUGCUGUUACUGGUGCUGUGUGGACUGGACAGGGCUCUCUACUCCAUCUUCGACACCAUCCGCCACCAUGCCUUCUGGCAGUACUCCUUCCGCAGCAGUCAUAAGUUGGAGGUGAAAGUCGGGGGAGACUCCAUGCUUGCCCGACUCCUUCGGAAAACCAUUGGGGCCCUGAACACCUCCUCGGAGGCAGUGGUGGAGUCAAACACCAUGCCCUGCCUGCCCCAGCCCGUGUGCCUGAAUGCCGGGGCCUACUUGAGGGCUGCACUACCGGUCGGUCUGCUAGUGAGCCUCUGCCUGCUCCAGGCUUUCGGCUACCGGCUCCGGAGGGUCAUCGCAGCCUUCUACUUCCCCAAGCGAGAGAAGAAGCGGAUCCUGUUCCUCUACAAUGAGCUCCUGAGGAAGAGAGCAGCCUUCACCAAGCUGAGAAGGGCUGCCAUCCUGAGGCAGGCCCGACAGCAGAGGGCUUCACGCCGCCACCUGGCGAACAUCCUGCACCGUCGCUGCCCCUUCUUGCGCCGCUGGCUGCGCCGGCGCUGCGUGGUGUGCCAGGCACCCGAGACACCCGAGUCCUACGUGUGCCCAACGCCAGAUUGCGAGGCAGUGUACUGUCGAUCGUGCUGGGACGAUAUGCAGGCGCGGUGUCCGGCCUGCACACCCCGCGAGGAGCUCUCCUCCUCCGCCUACAGCGAUAGCGAAGAUGACGCUAUCUACGCAGAGUGAAGAGGCGUCCACUCGCUCUCAAACCCAGCUGCUUCCUGUUCAGUAAAAUGCCUUGCACAGUCUCCUGCUAGUACACUUUGCAGGUGUCUGGACUCAGGGUGAGCCGGGCACUGUCUGGCAGGCAAUCGGGAAGACUGGACGCCUGAUCCCCGCAGAGCCGGACCGCAGACGCGAAGAAGGAGAGCAACGAAGCUUCUGGGAAGGGGUCCGGACCCAGGACAGGGCUGAGGCGCGACGCCCAAGCCUGUCGGACCCGGCCUCGGCUCCCACCCUGCUGUGUAGCGUGAAAGUGAAGGUGGCACUGAGGAGGAGCAGGCAAGGCCAGAGAGGACCUUAAGUGGGUCCUUGGAGCCCCAGAUCCUUCAGGACAACUUCACACUCAGCCUAGCGGAGGUGCUUCAG